UGACCCCUGACCUUAUCCGAUGGACCUCUCUGUGACCUUUCUUUCAGCAAUUUUUGUUAGGUGUCUCUGCUCGUCUUGUCUCUACACCUGCUUCUGUCUGGAUCAUUGGUCCAGAUGCACUUCCUCAGAGUUCUGUCUAUAUUUAAUCUCUCAUGACCAUGUUAGACUUUCUGUUUGCGGUUACUUUGAUUUUUAUUCUUGUCUUCUUUUGUUUAACUUACGUAAUUAGAGUGCACAGAGCUCUGUGUCUGGGACGAUUAUGUUUGCCUGAUUCAAUUUAUACAAAUCUAUUUUUAGCCGAAAAAUGUCAGCUUGACGCUGACGGUUUCUCAAUUCGAGCUUAGCAAGUCUGAUUCCAUCAAAGCAAACAAAAUACAGCCUGUCUCAGCAAUUGUCAUUUUUUAAUCAAAAGAAAAACUUCUUCGCCCCCACCAUCAUCCAAGAUAAUCGUCACCAAAUUGGAAAGUCAAUCUUUUUCAACCACUCUUUGUCUGGGGUUCAAUUGUUAUCCAGUUUUACUUCAAUGUCAGCUAAAUAUAAUCAACUAUUUUGGCAGGCUUUUUUUUAAAGAUAAGCAGAGAUUUCUGCUGCUAACGUGUGUUUUUUAGCUUGCAAUAUAUUUUCUGGAGUUCACUUUGUAAGAUUCAUUGCAACGGGGGCCCAUUCAAUUUGUCUCCAGUUCACUUGGAACAGUUUUCAAUGAUUUUACAAGAUUUUCAGCCUUCAUGAAUCGGUUUAGCUUGAUCUAUUCUUCUUCUUGUCAGAGAAAUUCAUAUGAAUAAAGAAUGAAUUGCUGUGGUUAUAGAUCCAGAAUAUAAAGGGCAGAAAGUGGAAGUGAUUAAGGAGGAAAUCAUUUCAGUAAAUCUAUUUAGACUGUCACAGUAACUAUUAAAUCCAUCUCGCUGUCAGAAUAUUCAUGUCUACCUUUUGGCUCGUCUUAUCAUUAUAAACGAGCGACUGACGUGAAAAACCUCUCUGGGAUAUUUUGGGAACUUAGAAACAGAACAAAGCUGAGCUUGAUGGUGAUUAAAACAGGAUACAAUCUCACUCACGUCAGAUUGGUUUCAUAAGGUCUCUCCCACUUUGGAAGGGGGUUUAUACUUCUUCAAAUCUGACUUGAUCUGAGCAGAGCAGAGGGAGUGGGAGGAGAAAGGGGAUUAAAGGAGAAUUUGGAGAUUGGGUUGUUUAACCGUCACUCCUGAUCCCUGCAGCACACACCAUCUGUAGGUGCCUCAGACUUACUAGUUACAAUUAGUCAGACAUGAGGAUAGGAUUUGUGAAACGUCUGUGUGGUACAGAUUUGCAUGACAUGGAAGAAGCCACUAAAGGCACCAAUGAAGGUAUUCCAGACUUGGUUUAUAGCAUUUUCCCCAUUUUUAUUCACAUUCAGGAAUACCAGAAAAGUGCAUUACACAUCUGUUUGUAAUUGCACAGAAGAAAACAUUUACUUUACUACACUCUAAAAGGUGCCAGCAGCAGUUAAAAUACAGUUGUGUUUCAUAUUUGAUCUUUGUAACCCCAUUUUAUUCAACCCCCUUUGAUCUGGAAUCCAGGAAAGGAACAUAUCUGAUCUGUUAAUGUGAUGUACUGCAGUAUGAUAUGGGCUUAGUGGGGCAAUACUUAGAGGAUGGUAUCACUUUAAUCAGAGCCAUUCGAAAACCAGGUCAAUCUGCAAUUAACCCCACUAGGUCUUAUGGUCACUGCCUAAUUCACACCACACUGCUAUACUGUCAUAUUAACAAUGUUGCAUAUUUAUGUGAGAGGAAACACAAACAGUGAGUUUGCAAUGCAGUCCCUCACCACAACCUGAUUAAAAACAAAGCAUGUAUCUUAAGGCAGUUAUGAAAUUCUAGUAACCCUGUGCGCGAUCAAAUAGUUUUGAAACACAUUUAACACAACCGCUUCAGGAUACACACACAUGUAAAAGCCAUACAUGGUCCAGUGAUAAUGGACAGUGUUGGCUCAAUGUUUUGGGGUGGAGCUCUUAGUGCAGACAUGGUUUUGUCUUUCAUGUUACCAGAAAAUCUGUUUUUCUCAGAAGUUACUACAUCAGUCGGGCUGAAUUCUUAAUAGCGCUCCCUAAAUUUGUGAUGACAGUGAGUUCCUAAAUAAUCCUAAAUAAGCUAACUAGAAAGCAGAACUAAGAACCCGAUAUGCUGUGCAUCAAAGAAAAAGACAAAAAUAUAAUCCCUGAUAUUCUUGGAGCUGGUCAAAGUUAUAAUGAGCUCUGUGAGUUGCACCUGAGAAGUCUGGAGGAGAGAGGAGGUCUUACAUGUUUAAUUUGCCUCUUGUCAUAAUGAUGAUCCUAUUAGCUCUCUUAAUAAAAAGGUCUUAGCUCUAACACCUGCACUGUAUGCUAGCCUGACUCCCUAUGGCUCACCACAUCUCCUCAGAUGAAAUGUUAAAAUGAGAUGUCUUGUUUUUUUUUCCUCAAAUCAUUUCUGUUUGUCUCUACUUUCUUUCCAUUGCGGUUUGUUUAUCCAGAUUCCUUUUGUCUAGAUGUUUGUCUCCUUUACGCUGUUCAUCUUCUCAUUUUCCACAUUAUUCUGUUCCUAGCUGAUGAUCUCCUAAUUCACUCAUUGGAUAUUUUCGGGGAGUUAAGUAUAGUGAAACUGCCCAUAGAUCCUCUGUAAACAGGACUUGUUCAAGGACUUGUUUAUGGGAGUAGAAGAGUUGGACUCCACCUUUGGCCAUCUGUCACCCUAAGCCAAGAUAGGGAUUGCGAUCACAACUGAGGUGGAUGAUGUGUGGUUUGCAUUUCUUCCUGCAAUGCUACACAGGGAGAGUGACAAGGAGGGAUCAGCACAAGACAAGACACCUCUAGGUGCAGUCAGAGGAUUACUACUCCUCUCUCAAUAUCAGCUGCCUUUGCAUGCAACCUGAGACUUGCUGAUAAUUUUGUAUGUUUAGAGCACACACUGGGAGAGUCUGUGGAUCUAAACUUUUUCUGAUCCAACACUUUUCCAGUCAUGGUUGCAGUUAGCAGGGGUGCAGCUUUACCUCUGGUAUCACAGGCACACAGUCAACUGUCUGCAGUUUGACAAAGGCACAGCAGUCAGAGAGCAAGUUUAAUCCAAACCUGUUGAAGUCAAUCAAGUCAAAACAUCUUCUGAAGCUGCAGGACGCCGGUUUAAGGAAAGUUUAAAAAAUGGCUGAAAAUCAUGACAACCACUUCAGUGCUCCAACGAUGACAAAGGCACACUGGAAGAAACCCAGCCGUACUACAGAUUUAUUUGAAAUGAUUGAAAAGAUGCAGGGGAGCAGGAUGGAUGAGCAGAGAUGCACCUUUCCUCCCCCACUCAAGACUGAGGAGGACUACAUUCCAUACCCAAGUGUCCAUGAGGUGUUGGGCAGAAAAAGCCCCUUUCCUCUCAUCCUCCUGCCACAGUUUGGGGGUUACUGGAUUGAAGGAACAAACCAUGAGCUGAGUGACACAGUGGACACGGAACCGCUGCAGCCUCUGUCCCCAAACACCCGCACCAAGCUGGAAUGUAAAACAACAGCUACAAUCUACCGGAAGCACUUCCUGGGCAAGGAACACUUUAAUUACUAUUCAGUGGACAGUGCCCUUGGACAUCUGGUGUUCUCUCUAAAGUACGACGUGAUUGGUGACCAGGAACAUCUCCGUCUAAUGCUCAGAAACAAGAUGAAAACCUACCAUGAUGUGAUCCCCAUCUCCUGUCUGACAGAGUUUCCCAAUGUGGUCCAAAUGGCCAAGCUUGUCUGUGAAGAGGUCAACGUGGACCGCUUUUUUCCUGUCCUUUAUCCAAAAGCUUCAAGACUUAUUGUCACCUUUGACGAACAUGUGAUAAGCAACAAUUUCAAGUUUGGGGUCAUUUAUCAAAAGUUCGGACAGACUUCAGAGGAAGAGCUGUUUGGCAACAGUGAAGAGAGUCCUGCCUUUGUAGAAUUCCUGGAGUUUCUAGGAGAGAAGAUUGAGCUGCACAACUUUAAAGGUUUUCGUGGAGGGUUAGACGUGACUCACGGGCAGACUGGCACUGAAUCAGUCUACUGCAACUACCGCAACAAAGAGGUCAUGUUCCAUGUGUCCACAAAGCUGCCUUACACAGAGGGGGACACCCAGCAGUUGCAGAGAAAACGUCACAUAGGGAACGACAUUGUGGCAAUUGUAUUCCAAGAGGAGAACACUCCCUUUGUACCGGACAUGAUCGCCUCCAACUUUCUCCACGCCUACGUUGUGGUCCAAGUGGUCAACCCCUGCUCUGACAAUGUUCUCUACAGGGUGUCAGUGACAGCACGGGAUGAUGUACCUUUCUUUGGCCCAGCCCUCCCAAACCCGGCUGUCUUUAAAAAAGGCCCUGCAUUCCAUGAAUUCCUUUUUACUAAGCUCAUCAAUGCAGAGUAUGCCUGCUACAAAGCUGAGAAAUUUGCCAAAUUAGAGGAACGAACGCGGUCAGCCUUGUUAGAGACCCUUUAUGAGGAGCUCCACUUGAACAGCCAGGCCAUGAUGGGUAUUGGAGGAGAGGACGACAAACUGGAAAAUGGGAGUGGAGGAGGAGGGGGCUUCUUUGAGUCCUUCAAGCGGGUGAUCCGCAGCAGGAGCCAGUCUAUGGAUGCCACGGGUCUUACUUUCAAGAAGCCGCACACAGUCUCCACUAGCCUCAGCGGCAGCUUUAACCACGACCCCGCAGAGAGCCCCAAAUUCCCAGGGAUAUCAUUGCUUGUCCCAGGCAAAAGUCCCAGUAAAUAUGGACGUCGAGGCAGUGCCAUAGGGAUAGGAACAGUAGAAGAGUCUUUGAUAAUCCCGGGGAAAAGCCCGACUAGGAAAAAGUCUGGUCCUUUCAGCUCCAGGAGAAGCAGUGCCAUUGGUAUUGAAAACAUUCAAGAAGUCCAGGAGAAGAGUAGAGAGAACUCGCCAAAUACCCAGAAGACCCCUGACAGUGGUCACGUGUCUCAAGAUCCCAAAUCUGACAACUCAUCCAAUCAGAGCUCCCCUGAAGUGCUCACAACCACAAAGAACAGUUCUUAUCUCGGUGGCAGGGCCCCAUCCAUCCCCGAGGGUCAAGACCUCUCGCGCUCCUCCUCCAAUGCUAGCAGCUUCGCCAGUGUGGUGGAGGAGAACGAGACAGAGGCCACAGAGGACUAUGACACCGGCAUGGAGAGUCUGUCAUCUGCCGGGACACCACACAAACGAGAUUCCUUCACCUACAACACCUGGAUGGAGGACAGCAUCAGCAGCACUAGUACCACCAGUCGUGGUAACUCCCCAGGACCUGGUAAGCCAGAGCGAGGGAAGGGGACAGAUAUCCGUAUCAAACUGGAACGACCACAUGAUCAUCAGUCCUCAUCGCAUUCCCAUAAGUCACAAUCCCUCUGGGAGAUGAGACAAGUGCAGGCGUUCGCCAUGACCAAUGAUGAGAAGGAGGAAGAAAAGGAAGAUGAGAAAGAAGACAAAAAGCAGGUGGAGCCUGGCCAGUCUGCUGCUCAGUGAGGGCCAGAGUGCAGCUUAUCCAGAAACCUGGGGGACACUGGAGAGGAUGACGCACAAAGAGGGGCCAGCUUUUGCACAGUGUUGUUUCCUUCCACUCUUUUCUUUGCCUGUCCACACAUCUGUUGCCUAGUUGUAUAUUUUUUGUUUUUUUUACCACACCUAUUGUUUCAAAAGUGCAUAUUUUUAUCUACAGAUGUGCUUGUAAGAGAUACAACUUUGGUUUAGUUUGUCUUGUUGAAGCCCAGGUCUGCUGGCUAUUCAGGGUAAAGACAGUACAACUGAGCUCUUUGAAGAGAUUGUGAGAAAGACUUUUUGCUGGAACAAAGAAAAGAUAACUGGAGGUUUUACCAAAUCAAAGGUUUUGGCUCAAUAAAGAUCUCUAAUGUAUGAAUAAUACCAAAUAUUCAUUAAAGAUGGCUAUUUUCUGACAAAACAUCUAAUGUGAUAUAGAAAUUUUCUGUUGGAUGUAGUCAAAUGUGAUUAUUUUCUGGGUUAAAUCCAAAUAGACAGACUGUAUAGCUGCAGCAAAACAAUUGGAUACUUUCCUUUUAUCACCCAAAUCCCCACAAGAUAAGAUUACAAACUCAACACCACAGGUCACUGUGAAAAGAGCAAUGCAUUGUAGAUAACAUGAAAUGGCCUUAAAACUUAAACAUGCAAUUUCUUUGUCCCUGAGACUUAUUUUACCUAAUUUUUGACUCACAUGUUCUGCAGCCAAUAAUGGGAUUGCAAUAUUAGAUCAAACGUAAAACUAAUAUAUUCAGAAUAAUUUCUAAGCAUACUAGUUUUUCUUAAAAAAUGGUUGUGCAAUGCAGUUAUACUUCAGCACUGUCUGUAUAGUCUGAUAAUGUAUGGAUAUACCCAUCAAUGACUGAUUUAACUGCUUUGUCUGUCUUGUCUGUCGUUGAGGAUACCAGUCUCUUGCUUUUUCCUCUCUAAUGUAUGUUUUUAUUUAUUGAUUUGUUUCCUGUUAAAGUGGCAUUUAUGGUAUACAUCUGUUAUACUGUAUCUUUUUGGUGACUACAUUCAGCAUCCUGUCAUAUGAUCAUACUGUAUAUGUUGCUUUGGAGUAAAUUAUAAUGUUGUCAUCUGUAAAGCUCUAUUUCAAGGGUGAGAUCUCUUCAGUGCAGUAAACAUGCAAUGCAAUUAUAAUAAAAUAGUGAAUAUUUAUUUGCUUUUAACGCGAGAAAAAAAACUCAAUAUACAACUACUGAUUUUGUAAAUAGAUGUUUAGUUGGAGUACAUAGUGUAUAAUACUAGCCUUUGAUUUAAAUGGGACAGCUUGAAAUUACUGCCAAGCCAACAAUUUAUUGUUGUUUUAUUUUUCGUACCCUUAAAAAUAUUAAUUUGAGGGUUUUGUAGAAGAAAAUUAUUUUAAAAGCUAUUCAGACUGUUCUGUAAAAGGGAAAAGUAGAUCCUGCUGAUCAUUUCAGUUGCCUUAUCAUCACAAAAUGAUGUAAGUAUGGAUAGUAAAGCAAAUAGUUAAUAGCCAGCAGGAUUUACAAUGAAAUGAAUGUUUGGUUGUUGUUGUUGUUGUUGUUUUUAUUGUAAAUAAAUGCCCUGAGAACUUUA